GGCUCUUCAAGGCAGGCUGGGAGAACUUAGGCACACUGUACGCACACGUUUGAGAAGACGAUACUGCAUUGCCAAGGAUAUCAGCAAUCUUGGGAUCUUUCAGGUCCGGCAUAGAAUAUAACCAUGCUUGCUCCUGGUGUGUGCAUGAGUAUAACAGAAGCGCGCUACAUAAAUGAUGGUAAAGGGACCCUUGUCAAUCCAGAGAAAUUCAACAAACAAGAUUACCAACAGCUAAAGCAAGAUUUUUUCAAGCACCGUUAUAGGUACAUAGAUGACACAUUCCCUCCAGACAAUACCUCCAUUGGCAAAGUCAUAGACGGAGUGGUGUGGAAAAGACCACGGGAAUUAGUCAAAAAUCCUAACUUUAUUGUUAGUGACAUUUCAAGGUUUGACUUUGGGCAAGGAAACGUUGGAAAUUGCUGGUUCCUUGCAUCCAUCGGGGCUUUGACAUACCAGAAGGACAUCCUGAAUCAAGUAAUUGAUUCAGAACAGAACUUUGAAUAUGGUUACUGUGGAAUAUUCCACUUCAGGUUCUGGAGGUUUGGCAAGUGGGUGGACGUUGUGAUUGAUGACAAGCUGCCAACACUUCAGGGCAAGCUAAUUUUUGUUCAAUCAAGAACAUCCAAUGAAUUUUGGCCAGCCUUACUGGAAAAAGCAUAUGCCAAGGUUUGUGGCUCCUACGCCGACAUGGACGCCGGGACUCUUUCUGAAGCUAUGAUGGACUUCACUGGAGGGAUUCACAUUACUUACUCACUUGAAAAAGCUCCACCAAAUAUCUGGCAUGUCUUGUUAAGAGCUGCCAAGUCCCAAUCAAUGAUUGGGUGUACCACGCCUCACGGGGAAAUACCAGGGGAAAACAAAGUGGCACCAAAUGGACUAGUGUGUGGUCAUGCCUACACCGUCACAGGAGUUACACAGGUCAUGAGCCGGGACAUGCCAGUGAAUCUGGUCCGCGUCUUUAACCCGUGGGGCUUUGGAGAGUGGGAAGGAGACUGGAGCGAUAGGUCCUCCUUGUGGGAAACAGUGUAUCCUGAAGAACGUCAGAAGUACCUGUCAGUAGCAAUUGAUGGGGAAUUCUGGAUGACUGUGGAAGACUUCUGUAAGAAUUUCAACGAAGUGACUAUCUGCUGUUUAAACCUUAAUUUUCUUGAUGAAAACAUCACUUCUGUUUGGACGGCCUCCUUUCAUAACGGGAGAUGGCUUGCAGAUAUCACUGCUGGUGGUCAUGAGACAUUCGAAAAAACAUUCUGGAUGAAUCCUCAGUAUCGGGUGAAGAUUGAUGAGUUGGAAAAUGACUGCUCUGAGUACAACAUCCUGGUGUCAUUGAUGCAGAAGUCUAAAAGCGGAAGAAGACGUUUUGAAAAAAACCUCUUCAUUGGCUUUUCUGUCUAUGAGGUACCUGACCAAUCCAAAGGGAAGAGGGGGAAGUUUCCUGCCUCUUUCUUUAACACCAGCAGGCUUGUCAAGAAAACCACGUUCCACGUAGAUUCCCGGGAAGUUAUGGAGAAGUUCCGUCUGAAACCUGGUGAAUACCUGAUUGUGCCAUCAACAGCCGAACCAAAACAAUCACGCUCCUUCAUCCUAUCCAUCCUGACCAAGGCGAAAAUCAAUGUCUAUGAAAAUUCCAAUGACCAAGAUGAAGAGGAAAUUCUAGAUACCCCAAAAUCCCCAACAUCCCCAACACCCCCAGAAACCCCGAAGCCCAGAUCGGACAGUGGGACUAAGUUUUCUACUACAACCCAAGUCUGUUUCAGCAAUAUUAUGAUGAGGCAAUUUGAGGAAGUGGAUGCUGAACAACUUCAGAGGAUUCUAAAUGAAAAUCUCCUAAAAGGAUUUACGAAGGGAGCUCUAGGCUUCAGCCUGGAAUCCUGUCAAAGCAUGGUUGCUUUAAUGGACAUGUCAGUCACUGGAAAACUGAACAGUGCUGAAUUUAAACAUUUAUGGGAUAAAGUAACAAUGUACAGGGACAUCUUCUUCCAUGCAGAUGUGGACCAUUCUGGAAAUCUUUCAUUGAGUGAACUGAGGAAUGCAAUGAUUGCCUCAGGUCUCAGGAUGGGUGAUGACAUGCUGUGCCUGAUGGCUCUGCGCUACGGUGGAUCUUCUGGAAACAUCAGCGUGGAGAGUUUCAUCAGUCUCGUCCUGCGCAUGAACACCAUGGCCCAAAUAUUCAGACACCUCGAAAAAGGAGGGGUCAUAUCUCUUCGAGAGAAAGAGUGGAUGCAAAUCUCGAUGUAUACAUAAACUAUUUACCAAAUACGAAUGGACAGAGGACUUCAGCUGAGAUCAAAAGAGUUCUGCUACGGUGGUGCUUUGCUGAAAACAUUUGUCCAACAGCAACUGAGUACUUCUGUAAAAUCCCCAGGCUGUUUAAAGAAAUCACUUUAGAUAAGCACUAAAAAUGCAUUGAACGUAACUGCUUCAUGAACAUUACACUUUACACACUGUAAGUGUUUUGUGUCUUGGUUUUUGGUACUCUUCUAUACCUUAACAUUUGUUUUGUUUUUUCUCUUGGUUUUUAGUGUGUAGGUUUUAUUUGUAAAGAAGGGUGCGUCUGUCUCCCGACAGUUCUCCAGAGCUAAUAUUGUAGCUUGGCAGGCUUUUGUUCUAGCAGAAAUUUACUGCAUAUUUUUAAAACAUAAUAAUCUUUUCAAUACUAGCAACUAACGAAGGUUGAGUUAUGUUCAUGAAAUACUAUCCUGACCUAUGCAUGACCAUUCAAUAUACUUGAUAAUGUGCUGACCAGAAUUGCCUCGCAAACAGGUUUGUUGGGUUUCCUCCAGGUAACUCUUCAAUACCGAUCAUGUCUCUGCAAGCAACGCUGUACAGUGGAACAAUGCACAGCUAAUCCUACAGGUCCUUUUGGGUGAAAUGGGGUUUUUGCUUUGCAUUCCUGACUAGUCCACGAGCAGCUCUAUACGAGAUUAUUCUCUAUCUUCCAGGUCCUGUCUUGACUUGGCCAGGGGUGCUAAAACCUAGAUCCAUAGGUCAUGCGUGCAUGCUAUUUAGGUGUGGGGAGAAGAGCAGAGUAUUGAGGGCAGUUUAAUAAGUCUGAUUUGUUAUCAGUUACCAGUUUUGAGGUGACUUGAUUUGUUGAGAAUAUUAUUUAAAGUAUCUGUGGGACAGAGAGAUGUAGUGUGUUUAGGGUCAUGUUUUAGAGUUUAUAUCCCAUAAAUAUGCAGCCAAGUAUCUUCUACUGUAAUUACUUUCCGGUUUCUAGCAAAGGAGCCUAGU